AGAGGCCUUUCCCCGCCGCGGAGCCCACGCCCUGCCUGCCUGCCUUCCUCCUUUCGGGUGGGUGGGCCUGGCCCCCUGCUCCCCUCACCGUGGAGGAUGAUGAAGCUCAAGUCCAACCAGACGCGCACCUAUGACGGCGACGGGUACAAGAAGCGGGCCGCUUGCCUCUGCUUCCGCAACGAGAGCGAGGAAGAGGUAUUGUUAGUGAGCAGUAGUCGUCAUCCAGAUAGAUGGAUUGUUCCAGGAGGUGGUAUGGAGCCUGAAGAAGAGCCCAGUGUGGCUGCUGUACGGGAAGUUUGUGAAGAGGCUGGAGUGAAAGGGACAUUAGGAAGAUUAGUAGGAAUUUUUGAGAAUCCAGAGAGGAAACACAGAACAUAUGUUUACGUACUCAUUGUCACAGAAGUAUUAGAAGAUUGGGAGGACUCUGUGAAUAUUGGAAGAAAAAGGGAAUGGUUUAAGAUAGAUGAUGCCAUAAAGGUUCUGCAGUACCACAAACCUGUGCAGGCCUCAUAUUUUGAAACCUUGAGGCAAGGCUAUUUGGCUAACAAUGGCACUCCUGUUGUGACCACAUCAUUCUCAAAAGAGAGUGCACUGUCUGACAUCAGAUGAUUGAAGAUAUCCAUAUAAGAGAAAUAGAUGUGGGAAAGUAGACUGAAACCUGGAUUUCCCUCCCCCCCCCCUUUCUCGCCACUUUCACAUGCAUCCUCUGUCAAACAAGACAUGUCCAGCAGCCAUUGGCAGAGCAAUGUUUGAGUGUUGCAUUCUAGUGCAAAGUGGGGUUUUCUUGCUUUUACUUGGAUAUGUAUUUUGUAACCCACAACUUGUGCAUGAAGUGUCCCUUCCCUGUUUAACAACAUUUUGACAGCUUGAAGAGCAAGGCUGCUAGCUUCACUUCUGCCUUCUCUUAUGAAAUGUUCCUCUGUGUGUUGUUCCAGCCAUAGCCAGACUUUUAUCUUUUCAGUUUGAGAAGGCUACAAAUGUGAGAUCAGAUCUUUUAAGUCUUAGAUUUUGUACAGUAAGCUGCUGUUGAGAUCUGUGUGGUGGCCACUUUCUCAGCGCAUGUGUGUAAUCUUUUUUUAGAUGGAGAAACCUAACACUUUGAUUUUGGAGGAUUUAUUUUAAAAUUUAAGCUGCUUCUAUAAAGAAGAGCUUUGUAAUCUUCUUUGCCUUGUUUUUUAAAGGUUUUUUUUGUGACAGUGCUAGUGGCUGGGCCAGUUUGAUUCCCUGUACCCCACUCCUUGAUCCAAAUUUAGUACUGUGACACUUGGAGGAGGCCAAGCAACAAUCACCUUUCAAGACAUCCUGUUGCUUCAUUCUUUCUACAGUUUCAGCAAAUAUACCAUCACUGAAAAUGGACAGAAGCACAAGGAAUUGGUUACCCUUCACUAAUGGCAUAGGGCCUCAGAAAAUAGUUGAAUUCCAGCCUCUCUAUAUAGGAAUCAGGGAUUCAAAAUGAGCUUAAAACAGAUGAACUGGAGCAUCAAGCACCAGUGCUUUCUUCUGGUGUGGAAUUCUUUUUCUUCCUGUUGUAUACUGCUGAUAUCUCUUCUUGUCCACAUGCCUUACACCAUACUGAACUGGAUAUUUUAAUUUGUGCUAAAGCGUUGGGUGUACCUUUGAGUGUCACUGCACUGAGAGGCAGUCACACUGUGUUCCUGAAAAGAAGUCCCAGGGGAAGACAUCAGGUGUCCAUUCUCCUCCUUUGUCUCUAGCAUUGAAGCACUUGUAAAUGUACCACAAAGCAUGCUCAGAAUGGUAAAUGUUAUUGCUCAGUGGCAAAGGUACAAUUGGCUCCAAAGCAGAAAUGCUGUUGUGGAGAACUGUGUCAUUUAGCGGGAUCGUUAACCUGAUGCAUUGGCACAUGUCACAUUUUUGUUUCUAUUGAUGUAUGUUUCAUGCUGUCUUGAUUUGCCAACAGUAUUGUCUUGUUGGGAGACUGUGGAGAGGGCUAUGGGAGGGGGUGGGUUUGGGGAAGAUUUGGGGAGGGGCAUUAGCUAAUCCCUGGCUUUGGACAAGAUCUAGUUGCUGUAUUUGGUGACUACUUCUUUGUCAGUCUAUAGCCAAGAUGUGAAAUUAAAUCUGCAGUACUCUUAUUAACUAAUCAUUCUAUCUUUCCAUUAAACAACUAUCUGCAUAAAACAGUCAUGCAUCCUGAAGAAGUAAAUUUAUAUACUUUCUGUUUUGGAAAGAUGCUAUGAAAUUUGAGAUUCAAAUUUAUUUUUUCGCAUGAUUCCCUACUUUUAGUGAGUGAGAUAGCCUCUAUAUUAUGGGAUUACUAAUGCCGCAAGGAAAUGCUGAAAUUUUCUAAGAAGUGGCCUAAACUUGAACAUCUACAACCAACUUGGAAGUUUGCUAGGCCACUUCACUGCCCUUUGUCUUAACAAUCAAAAAUAAAAAAUAAUAACUGCAAAGGGCUUGGUUAGUGUCUUGAAAUAUAUAACAUGAUUUUUCUUAAAAAACUAAAGCGUAUGUGGCACUUUCCAAUAUAGCAAACAGUUGCCUUCAGCAAAGUGUUUGAAUGUGUCAUGAAUAGAGAAGGACAUGAAACCUUUUUCAAGGAAAACUGAAACUCCUGGAAGGGUGACUGCAGUUUUAAUAUCUAUAACCUGAACAUUUUUUAAGACUCUAAGAUGUUUUUAUAGGGCUGUUAAAUGGACUACUUAGGAUAGAAUAUUGUAAAUGAUUUGCUAAUGGCUUUUCUUUUUUGUUUGGGUCAGGAAAAAUAAAUUGUGCCAAGAAAGUAGUUUAAUGUGGGAUGAAUUGAUGCUAUUUAUGCAACUGCAUUGAGUGGCUGUUUGCCUUCUAAACUGGAAAAAGAUGAUGAAGUUCCUGGGAUACAAAGGCUGGAUUCUUCAGUAGUGUAAUUUAACCCAGUCCUUGCUUCUGUUUACUAAACCCCGCUCUUUCACCUGCUUCUGAUGCACAAUAGAGUUCACAGCUUUCCCAAUAUCUCAGGGUAUUCUGUAAUAAAUGAGUCAGUAAACUACUUAGUAAUAUAAAUGAAAAUGCCAACAUACCAACUCACUUUUUCAGAGCAUGUCUAAAUACAUUGGAAUGUCUGGCAUGGAAGACUAUUCAGUUAACAUAGUGCAAAUAAUAUUGCUAAGUAGGUAGAUGGAUCUAGUUUUGAGUUCAUAAGUCUUAAAUAUUCAGUAAAUUUAGAUUCAGCUGGACUUUACCAUAAAAUGAAAAUGUUGAGGUCUCAACACGAAAAACUCCUUUAUAUUUAAGUACUGUAAUCAAGAACUGCUGGCAAAGGCAGUAAUAUGUGCUUGUUAGUCAUGUUAUCCAUAUAACAAACUUUAGAUUUAAAUCAAGGCAGGACAUCCAAAUCCUGAAGAGCACACAUGUGUCCUUAACCUCCUCCGUGCAUCCCAUAGAACAUGGGAAUCCUAGUUGGACAAUUGCAAAAUAGAGGUUGAGUAUUUGUUUGAAAAAAAAAAUGUGCUAAACUUGAGCGUUUAUGAUUUAGACCAGGCAUGGGUAGACUUUAGACCUCCAGGUGUUUUGGACUUCAACUCUCAGAAAUCCCAGCCAGUUUAUCAGCUGUUAGGAAUUGUGGGAAUUGAAGUCUAAAACACCUGGAGAACCAAAGCUUGCCCAUGCCUGAUCUACACAAAUGCUGCUAUAGCAUAAGCAGUGUUGCAGGUUUGUUAGUAUAUACUUAGAAUAAUAUGUAAGAAAUUCAGAGUUGGUGCUAGAGCUUAUCCCUCCUUUAGAUGAAGUCUUUUGUUUAGAUGGGUCUUUGUAUUAUCAGCCCUAUGUAAAUAAGGGUUGACAAUGCUGCCUAAAACUCUUUUUGUCAGUGAGUUUGCACAUAACUGCUUGGUCAUCUUUGUGAAACUUAAAACACAUAGCUAUGGACUACUGCAGUAAUUUGUCCCAAGCAGAGCAGGACUUCUUAAUUCAAAACUAAUUGGGACUAAUGAUUGGAUUUAGCCCCCUAUGAGUGACAGGAUGUAUCCUCUGCAACAUUUCCAAUAUGGAGAAAAAUGAAUUUUAUUUGCUUGGAGGACAAAAGCACUGUCAGAUUCUCUGCAGUUACAUUUGUCACCUUCUUGUAUAAAAUGCAGCUGUGAUUUUUCUAAUCUCUUCUGUGUUUCAGUGUUAUAGAUUUAGAAAACGUUGAUGUAGAGUAAAUAGAAUGUGUUGGAGUAUUUAGGCAUAUAUUAAUCUUGGAUUUAACCUUGAAUUAAUUCCUAUUGGAUCUUUGGAAAGGGGAAAUCAUCUUUGUGAGAAGAAUUUAGACUGGAGAUGCCUUCAUGAUUUUAGAUGCAGCAUAGCUCUUACCUUCCCAAAAACAUUCUAUUUGUUAUUACACAGCUUCUUGUAAUCAUGUUCCAAUUUCACCUGCCUCCUCCUUAUUCUGUUAAAAGCCAGCCAAUUAAAAAAGAGUGCCAUCCUGUCCUUGCUAGGAUUUCUUCCCUCUCUACACACCAGUUCCUCGACAGCACAUGAUUCAGUUUAAUGCCUAUGGGCACCAGCAACAUGUUGGAAUGGAAAGUGAAGGGGCUCCUUUUGUGCUGCAAAGCCACCUAUUGUCCCGGGUCAUAUUUCUCCAACGCAUGCUCAAUGGGAGGAGAAUAUCUACCUCUCUUCAUUGUGUUGCUUAAGCAACUCUAAGAUGAGUGCCAUAAAAAGAAUGGUCCUGGGUAGGUUAGAAUAGCAAUGGAAAUGGAAUAGGAGAAAAUUCAGAUUAACAUCUGAGCCAGAGAAGAAGAGGGAAGGAAUCAUAAUACUUACCUCAUAAUUAAGGUGGGUAAUAUGAGUCACCGGAAGCUUGUACUGCUGAGUUUGGAAGCAGAAACUCAGCACCAUCACUGCUUGUGACUGAGGUGUCAUUUUAAUUAAGAGAAUUGGUAAGACUUUAUUCAGACUCCUGCUAGGUUUCUAUCUAAAUUUGAUAGAGCUCUUCUUGAGCAUAAAAAUAAUUUUGUACUAGUUAACAUUUCAGGAACGUGUAUGUGAUGGUUACUCUGAACUUGCCUGUUAUCUUAUGUAAAAAAAUUCUCUUGAAGGGAGAUAACAUUUGAUUUUGCGCUGGGGAGGUGGCAGGGAGGGUAUGGGAAAAGAAUUGGUAGUGUUGUGGUUCUGAUUUACACUGGAGAGGUGUGUAUGUAUACUUUAAUCUCUGUAAUAAAAUGUUUUUGAGUAAA